GCAAAUCACCAUCGCUCAACUCCAACCCCUCUCCACCGAUCCACCAGACCAUGGACCACCGUCGUGCCAUCCGCCCACCAAUCUCCUCACGCCGCAACCUCUUCCAUCCAGCUCGCCGACAGCAUGCCCUCGAUCCGAAGCUCUCCAAAACCGCCGUUCACAUUGCAGCCGAAGAAUCAGAUCCAAAAGACGACCUCGUCGAGCGGGAUAGCGCGGGGAAUUACUCCAUGUUGGCGCCGACGACGGCUAUGAAGAUGGGAGUCAACAGUGUGAGGAGCGAGCUGGAUGACGAGACAGAGCAGGAGAAUCAGAUGAUCGCAUUGUAUGGGAAGCAGAACCACCAUUGGGAUCAGGCUGCGAUACUGGAAGAGAUCAAGGCUGCGCUUCAAUCUAGUCUGGAGAAGAAGGUGCAGAGCUUGGAGCACGAUCGAUGGAUGUUUGAGGGUGACGGGAAGAGCAAAGGGUGAAGGGGAACGGAGGGGCUGGGUGCAAAGUCGCGGAUAGCAUAGGCAUUGUCAUCGGAGUCUGAUAUGAGCGGGCAGCGGACAUGAUACCCACAUAGCAUGAGUUGAACUGAUUGGAAUGAUUUUGGCGACUUUUACACGAGGCAGG